AUGACCUGCUUGGGGAAGGGCUUGGAAAAGCUGAUGUCAGCUGCUGCUACUGAUGUGAGCUUGAAGCUGUGUGAAGAGCAUAUCAGACCUCUCCCACACGGCACCUCUCCCACACAACACCUCUCCCACACGACACCUCUCCCACACGGCACCUCUCCCACACGACACCUCUCCCACACGGCACCUCUCCCACACGACACCUCUCCCACACGGCACCUCUCCCACACGACACCUCUCCCACACGGCACCUCUCCCACACGGCACCUCUCCCACACAACACCUCUCCCACACGGCACCUCUCCCACACGGCACCUCUCCCACACGGCACCUCUCCCACAAGGCACCUCUCCCACACGACACCUCUCCCACACGGCACCUCUCCCACACGACACCUCUCCCACACGGCACCUCUCCCACACGACACCUCUCCCACACGACACCUCUCCCACACGACACCUCUCCCACACGGCACCUCUCCCACACGGCACCUCUCCCACACGGCACCUCUCCCACAAGGCACCUCUCCCACACGACACCUCUCCCACACGGCACCUCUCCCACACGACACCUCUCCCACACGGCACCUCUCCCACACGACACCUCUCCCACACGGCACCUCUCCCACACGACACCUCUCCCACACGGCACCUCUCCCACACGACACCUCUCCCACACGGCACCUCUCCCACACAACACCUCUCCCACACGGCAUCUCUCCCACACGACACCUCUCCCACACGGCACCUCUCCCACACGACACCUCUCCCACACGACACCUCUCCCACACGACACCUCUCCCACACGGCACCUCUCCCACACGACACCUCUCCCACACGGCACCUCUCCCACACGACACCUCUCCCACACGGCACCUCUCCCACACGACACCUCUCCCACACGGCACCUCUCCCACACGACACCUCUCCCACACGGCACCUCUCCCACACGACACCUCUCCCACACGGCACCUCUCCCACACGACACCUCUCCCACACGGCACCUCUCCCACACAACACCUCUCCCACACGGCAUCUCUCCCACACGACACCUCUCCCACACGGCACCUCUCCCACACGACACCUCUCCCACACGACACCUCUCCCACACGACACCUCUCCCACACGGCACCUCUCCCACACGACACCUCUCCCACACGGCACCUCUCCCACACGACACCUCUCCCACACGGCACCUCUCCCACACGACACCUCUCCCACACGGCACCUCUCCCACACGACACCUCUCCCACACGGCACCUCUCCCACACGACACCUCUCCCACACGGCACCUCUCCCACACGACACCUCUCCCACACGACACCUCUCCCACACGGCACCUCUCCCACACGGCACCCCUUCAACGGAGAC